AUGCUGCGGCAAGGCGAGGGUGCGAUGCUGCCAGCGGGAUGGAUAUACAUGCAGUGCGGUGUGGGGUACAUGCAGGGAACACGAAGCUUCAGCAAAGAGCAGCAGCUUCCCUACGACUGUGGCGUGUCAUUCUUCGCAUUCACAUCAUUGCCAAAGCAAACAUUGACACCGGCAAGUUUGAAGCAGACUCAGAAAGAGUACGACAUUGCCAAGCUUUUGGGCGGCGUUGGUGUCAGUCAAAAGAGCGACAGCAUACAGCGUCAUUUCGAUGCAGGAUGGGCCCUUCUCAAGCUGCUCGAGUCACGAAGUGACAUCAAGGAGGAGCGGGCUCCGCCAAGCCCCGCCGUCCCCCGUGAUGUGAAUGUAGUGCCUGCGACAGUCCCCGAUGCGACAGUCCCCGAUGCGACCGUCCCCAAUGCCCCGGCCCUUAUCCUAGACCACUCCGACAGCACAAUCAAUUUCGCAGAGUUCUUCAGCUCAGAUGGAGCAGACUUGUCGCGGGAGGUGGACCGUGCAAAGUCGCAUGCACUGUUCAACGAUUAUUUGAAAUCAUUCGCCGUCGAUGUUGAUGAAGAUUGGCAGUUCGGCGACAUGGAGGGCGAUGCUUUGGCUGAUGUGGAGGACUUCGUGCGGUGGCUUCGCAAGGACCCCAGAGGCAUUGCUGCUGCCGCCAGUGAUGCUACCGGCGAUGAUGCCACCGGUGAAGCUGCCACCAAACAGGUGCAGGCUGAUGAGGGCACGGACAGCAAGCUUCGUGAUGGUAAUACUGCUACCGGUGAUGCUCCCGCCAAACAAGUGCAAGCUGAUGAGGGCCCGGGCGGCAAGCUUCGCGACGGUAGUGAGCCCCGUGAUGCUACCGCCAAACAGGUGCAAGCUGAUGAGGGCACGGGCGAAACAAUCGCUCCUGAGGUACAGCUCGACUACGGCAACUUGCCCAAGGACUUCGCCGUCAUGGUUCAAUCAGCACGGCACCGAUUUGGAGUGGGAGGUGAAUCGAGCUCGCUCGCAUGCAAAGUUCCCUCUCUGGGUCGCAAUGAAUGA